UGCUAUUAAAUCUCGAUCUGCCGUGGACUCUAGCUUUUGCUGCACAGGGCGUUCGCUGUUCGCACGGGCCAUAUUCUGGAUUCCAUUCAGUCUGCAUAAACUUGCCUGCCACCACUUACGGUAUUUGCUAUUCAUCUUUGUAUGCUGUGCCUGCACGAGUGCUCUACAUUCAUCAACCAAGCUGGUCUCGGAAACUUCCCAUUCCACUUCGGAGCCACUACAUUAAGCAAACCCAACGGACGCCCUGCCAACCAGAUUGCCAAACCAGAACUCCAGCGCAACAGCAGUGUCGAAAAAUGGUGCCUUCUGCGCUCGUUCUGGCCGCCGUUCUGGCGGCCUCUCUUCUCGCCCUAGUUGCUGCUCAGGGCCCGGGGUGCCCUACCGGGUUCACUGGUUGCUACACCAGCCCUGCCAGUGGAGCCCAAACGCUCUUCUGCUGCCCCUCCCCCGCCACGUCAUGCUCUGGCAGUGGUGACGUCUCGUGCGUCACAACCGGGACGUCUGACGAGGUUGCCGGGGCUGCCUACAUCCCUGCCCCCAGCAUGGGCCCCAAGAUCAUCAGCACCGUGUUCUACUCCAAGAACUCCAAGAUCCCCAGCGCACGCCACACGCCGGAGCCCUUCUUCGUAUUCCAGCCCCCUCUCAACCCCAUUUUCGGCACCCCGGGUGACAUCGACAACUUCAACGAUGAUCUGCUGGACAAGCCGUCCACGGACCCGACCGCCAAGAAGAUCGGGACCCUUGUCGGUUGGUGCUCGCUGACGUCAGUCCCCUCCGCCGACCCGGAGGUCAUCAGCGAAUCGGCCGUGUACGGGUGCAACAUCAUCUACAAGUUCGAGGGCGACAACCUUCUCACGGCCGUCGGCUUCGCGGAGGAGUUCGAGGGUGACGUCAGCCUGACCGAGCUGGCCGCAAUCACCGGGGGCUACGGCGAGUAUUUCGGAGCAACCGGGCAGGUCCGCGAGUUCCACGACGCGACCGGAGGAACCUACCAGGCGACCAUCGUCCUGCCAUACGGCUCUGCGUAAGCUAUAGUCGGACCCUACGGGUCCGCAUAAGCUAUAGUCGGCUGAGCCCGGGGACAGAUGGUUGGUUGGGUUUUGAGGAGAUACUUUUUGAGGGAGUGGAGAGAUAGUUCCUGAGGGAGCGGAUUGGCUCGUAAGAUAUUUGGGGCGCAGUCUUUUGGACUAGUUGGGAGGGAGCGAAUGUCUCAGGAGCGCUGACGUGAUUUGUUACGCGGAUACGUCAAGACUUUGCGGGCUUUGCUAGUGCAUUGAAGAAAGAGACGAGCAUUUUUCGAAGCAAUGGCCGAUAGCGAAUCUGAAGCCUCUAUUCAAUAGGUAGGAGACUAUUUUGCAUACUACGAGCUCCUAACGGAUCCAGAAAGACCGGCACAAGGUGACUUUGACAUCAGGUACUUUAUAAGCGCAGUAUGCGCAUGUGGGCCGUACAAUUGCCGUUGGUAGACGUUCAAGUUAGAACCACUCAGGCAUGCAACAUAAGACUCGCUGAUUCCAACGGUUGCUGCCGCUCAUACUGAUAUGCUCGAUUGUUGAGCUAAUCAGCCACUGAUAAGGUUCACUCUCUUUCUAUUCCGCUGUACUAUUCAUUGGAUGGCCAAAACUCA